AUGGAUAAACUACUAAAUUGGUCAUUAGCUCAACAAGACCCAGAAACUGCAAAGAAAGUCGGUGCUCCAGAUCCUAAAUUAUUAGCUGAAUUAUUUGGACAAAAUGUUGAUGAUGCAACUUUAAUGAAACAAAAUAUUGAAUUAAUUGAAAAUCCUGAAUGUGAUGAAGAUAAUAAAUUAACAGCUUUUGAUAAUUUUGAAAUGUUGAUUGAAAACUUAGAUAAUGCAAAUAAUAUCGAAAAUUUAAAACUUUGGCCCAAAUUAAUAAAUUUAUUAGAUUCAGAAAAUGAUGAAUUUAAAAAUUUAACAAGUUCAAUUAUUGGUACAUCUGUUCAAAAUAAUGAAAAAUCUCAAACUGAUUUUUUAAAAUAUCCUCAAGGUUUUACAAAAUUGAUUUCAUUAGCUAAAUCAAAUAAAGUUGUUAGAAUUAAGGCAUUAUAUGCAUUAUCAAAUUUAAUUAGAAAUAAUGAACAAUCUUAUGAAUUAUUUGAUCAACAUAAAGGUUGGGAAUUAUUAGGUCCUAUAAUAACGGAUAAAGAAGCUAAAGAUAAAGUGAAAUUAAGAAGCUUAUCAUUAUUAGGUGCAAUUUUAAGUAUAGCUCCAAAAGAUGAUAUAAAGAAACAUAUUCAUGAAUAUUCAAUAAUUGAAAAAAUCUUGAGUUUAAUUAAACCAGGUGCAAAUAUUUCAGUUGUUGAUAAAUCAUUAAAUUUGAUUGUUCAUUUGAUCAAUGGUGGUUAUGAAUUUAAUGAUGAUGAAGUUAAACAAGUUAAAGAAUCUGUGGAAAUUAUUGAAAAAGAUUUCCAUGAUGUUAUAAAUAUUGAUGAUUUUCAAGUUUUAAAGCAAAUCGUUUAA